AGUGUUAUUUGAUUGAUUGGACACUGUACAGAAAUUAAAAAAUAUCGCACGUAGAAUUGAAUAUUAAUAUAAUUGAUAAAUGCAUAAAUGCGCUGCGAUUUUAACAAAAGUUAAAGAGUGUAACUGAAGUAUCUGGGAAAACGGUCAUUUAAAAUACGAAAAGUGAACUUUGUCGAUUUAAAAAUUCUUUGCUUGACAACAUGUUACUCACAAAACAGCUUUGCGCGAUAACAUUUAUUUUCAUAUGUACAUCCGGUUCGUCAAUAACACCGAAACAAACUACAGAAUACUGCUAUGAAGAAGAUACAUCUCGGCCACAGUAUAAAAGACUGGGCGUUUAUACCCCUUAUGCUUUUGCUAAAGGAAGCGACACUGAAAUCUACAACAUUCCAGGAUGUAGCGCUGACAAAAUCUGGAUGCUAGUAAGACAUGGAUCGAGAUUAUUGGAACCUGGGGAUGGUGUAUCUGUCAUUGAUUUGGAAAACUUAAGAGACGAAAUUAUUUUUCUAUACGGAAACAAUUUAACUUUACCUGAGAAAGGCAGACUGUGUGAGGCUGACUUUAAUUUGAUAAAAAAUUGGAAAUGGGAUACGAAUCUUACAGCCCAAUAUGAUGGAACUCUCACAGUUUCGGGAUGGAAUGAAUUGAAAGACCUUGGUAAAGAUUAUAGAAACAUAUUUCCUGAUCUAUUUGGAAAUGCCUACUCAUCAGAGAGGUUACGGUUCGAUCAUACGAAUAAUAACGCUAAUCGUACCGAAGCUACUUAUAAAGCCUUCGUUGAAGGAUUAUUUGGAGACGGGUCUUAUAAUGAUAUCAUACUAGAUCGAUUUCCGCAACCUAACAAAAUACAGAAUCCGAUGUCAUUUUGCCCAGCAUACGACGAAAAUGUGAACGAUCAAAAUGGUCGUAAUUCGGAAACUUCAAAAUUUCGAAAUUCUGAAAUUUUUCUCAAGCUUCGCAAUGACGUAUCGAUGAAACUCGGAUACCAUGAACCGCUUUCUGAUCAAAUUAUUGUCAACAUCUACGAUAUGUGCCGCUUCGAGAAAUCAUGGAAUGUAGAAAAAUCGAGUCCUUGGUGUUCGGUACUAACACCGUCUCAAUUCGAAAUUCUUGAAUACCUUGACGACCUGAAUUAUUAUAUGAAAAGAAGCUACGGUUCAGCGAUCAAUUCAAAACUGUUUUGCUUUGGAAUGGAUGAAAUGUUAAGUCACAUAGCAACGAAUGGCCCACAAAAAGUCAUUGCAUAUUUCGGACAUACAUUUGGAUACCAUUUGUAUUUGACUGCGUUGGGUGCUUUCAAGGAUACCAUCGCAUUGCGUAGUGAUAAUUUCGAUGCAAUGGCAAACCGAAAAUGGAGAAACAGUGAAAUUAAUCCGGUUGCAUCAAACAUUGCUACUGUCAAAUAUAAUUGUCCAAACGAUGUUGGAGAAAAGGUAAAAGUUAAGUUCUUUGUGAACCAAAAAACACUAAAUUUCGACUGGUGCGAUAAUGGCUUAUGUAAUUUAUCAGAUGUAUUAGAACAAUAUAGUUUUUUUACGAACGGUGACUGCGAGGAAAUUUUUUGUUCAACUGGUGAUAGCUCGGGUCAUAAAUUAAGUAACGAAUUGGUGUUAAUUUUAUAUGUCAGUUUGGCAUCGGUUGCCAUUAUUUGGAGUAAAUAAAGUCGUAGAAAAUUGAUUUUUAA